AUGCGGAGCCGGGGUACCAGCGGGGACCCCCGGAGAUCCAUCCCCUGCUGGUACCCCGGCCGGGCUCCUCUCCCUCCGCCCGGACUGCCCAAACUCCGAGGGGUGCCGGUGGGAGGGCUUGGGGCGCGGCAGCACCCGAAGGGCAUCGCCGGCCGGGGGGAUGCUCGCCCCACUCGCCCCCCCCCACGGACCCCUGUCACGGCCGGCAGCGGGGAGGCUCUCCUGCCCAGCUUACCUACGGACAUGCAGUGCUACAGCACGCUGUGGGCAAGGACAGGACCUUUUUCCGAAUUCGUGCGGCGGGGGGCGCGGCGGCAGCCGCCGCAGGUAGGCCGCGGGCCGCCAUCUCCUCAGGCAGCGCCGCCCCGCCCCCGCGCCGGGCACCGCCUGAGACCCCGGCGGGGGCGGCUCGGCUGGGCCCGGCUCGGCUGGGCCCGGCUCGGCCCCGGCGCCGUGCGGGGAGAAAAUGGACAAGGAUUGAGGCCUGAUCUAUCUCUGCGGAGGUUGGAGUUCCCUGUCAGCUGUACUGGUCCCACACCGAGCAGCCUAGCUGAAAAAGAUCUCAGAUCAGGGAUGUUUAAAAGGGACUCAGGAAGUUGUACCCGUCAGCACCUGCUGAGGGCUUCGUUGAUCAAACCGGCAGGCUGCGUGAUGCGGGCGCGCAAGUGUCUGGCAGGCCAAGGUGCACCUGCUUCUGUCACUCCCGAGUAAAUUUAGCUGUAAAAGGUAUCACUGACAAACAGACCUUUGUCAGCGCUGGCAAACGAACGCGGCAUUGCCGUCCCCUUUCCAAGCACGCUGCGAGUUCAAGUGGAAAAUAUCAGAUCGGUCGUCUUAUCCAGGAAUCGCUUCUUCAAGAAGAAGGAAGGCCAAAUUGCUUGCACGUGGCAAAAACCCCCAACUUUCCUCCUUUACAUAGAUGUUAAAAUUACAGUUUUCCAAGAAUAAUCUCUGAACAAGACGGGGUUUUGUUCUAUUAAUUGUGGCUGGAAGGAAACUUUUUUAAAUGGAAAUACAGCACACACAUAUUUCAGUUCAGGUUAUUAAAGUGUGUUAAGUAAUAAAGUUGAUUGCCUUUCUUUUCGCUAACUCAUUGUGCUUUUUUAUCCAAAGAAAUACCAGAAGACUAAAACCUCUCAAACGGGAGGUAUUAAUCUCAUUCCCCAAAUUAGAAAGCAUGCAGUGUUGAGAGGCUGCAUGUCAAAAUUACAUGUGUGUAGUGCUUUUGUGGUGGGAAUCUAGGAACCAACCACUUUUAAAAUGGGAGCUAAACUAAAUGGAGACCCUUCUGAGAGAAGCGAUCAAAACCUGGUGUUCUUGUCCUUAUUGGAUUAAGGUAAGGGUAUUUAUCGUUAUAUCUGCCCCUUGCUUUUUUUUCCUUCCUGGAAGUGGCUUUGAGUGAUCAAAAUAGAAUGAUGUCAUUUGUAUCAGUAUGUCUUAUCACAGAGUCAAAAAAAAAGAGUCACCCAUGUAGGUUUGCCAGGAUUGGUAGCAGCAUACCUAAAUACUCCAUUUUCUGCUUGAAAACUAUGUCAUAAGCUCAAACAACUUCAAGGAAAAAUUUCAAAGGUGUGUGUUUUACUACAAUAUGCUGUUUAAGAGGUGCAAAAUGUUCCUUCUGAAAAAGUGAUGUGAAAAAGUGUGGGCCAGGAGCUCUUUGUAAAAUAAACAAGGUUCCUAUUUACUUACUUGUAUAAACAACCACUCACCAAGCUGUAUGUCUCUGCAGGGGCACCCUUUCAGAUAAAAACAUGGACCUGAUUGGCAUCAUCCUGUAUCCAUGGAAACGUUUUGAGUACCUCUCUCUCAAUAUGUACUUCUCUUAUUCAGGGUUUAAAAGCUGAGUACCGAAUAAGUAAGUGUUUUUAUUUAAUAAUUAUACAGGAGGUACUUUGUGGAAGCUUGGUUCUUGGGGUUUGUAUCUGUCAUAAUAAAGACCUUACGUUUUCAUCAUA